UGUAUGUGAAAAAGAGAGAGAGGGGGAGAGCGAGAGAGAGAGAGAGAGAGAGAGAGAGCGAGAGAGAGUGAUCAAGAGCGAGAGAGCGCGCGUCAGAAUAGAGGGAAAGAAACGCACUACAGUCAUUUGAAGAUUUUUACUGCUCUAGACAUUAGCAUCCGUGCACAAACUUAAGAGGAUUAUUCCUUUUAAUUUUAUUUAACGUCUUCCUUGAGACCAGUACUUGAUUUUCGCAUUAAAAUAGAUUAUAGGUAUAAAGAGGCUUAUUUGGUGAAGGCACGUUUGAGAAAUUUUUUUUUUCCUUUAAAAGAAUUUGAAAAACAGACACUAUUAGGGCAGUUUGAAACCUUGAACAGGUUUCCCACGUGGUUACACUAGUCUGACAAGUUCACGUCUGUUUGUCAUAUUUCCAGAAGGAUAGCUUGUAUCGAUUUUAUUUAAAAAAAAAAAUGGUUUGUCAAAGAUUAAUCUCGACUUAUUUCAUCUCGCAUUCAAUUAAUUAAAACAAUUCUAUUCCUUUUAUUAAGUACUUGAGGCUUCAUUAUUGAAUUUAAAAGUGAACGAAAGUUUAUUGCGUCUUUCUGUGACUUUUGAAAGGGUGCAGCUGAAGGUCUGUAAACUAUUUACACUUUAGUAAAAUACCUGCACAUCAGAAGACGCGCGUGAGAGUAGUGCGCGUUCCGUUCAAGAGUUCCCCGGACGUCAGCCACGAGAUGCUGUUCGAGAGUUUCGACCUGGUCUCGGCGCUGGCCACCCUCGCCGCGUGCUUGGUGUCCAUGGCACUUCUACUGGCGGUGUCCCAGCAACUGUGGCAGCUACGGUGGACCGCUACCCGAGACAAGAGCUGCAAGCUGCCCAUGCCCAAGGGCUCUAUGGGCUUCCCCAUCAUCGGCGAAACAUGCCACUGGCUGUUCCAGGGGGCGGGUUUCCACGCCUCGCGGAGGCAGAAGUACGGGAACGUGUUCAAGACGCACCUGCUGGGCCGGCCGCUCAUCAGGGUGACCGGAGCGGAGAACGUGCGCAAGGUUCUGAUGGGCGAACACACGCUGGUGAGCGUGGAGUGGCCCCAGAGCACCAGCACCCUGCUGGGACCCAACAGCCUGGCCAACUCCAUCGGAGACAUCCACCGCAAGAGGAGGAAGAUCUUCGCUAAGGUCUUCAGCCACGAAGCCCUGGAGAGCUACCUGCCCAAGAUCCAGCAGGUGAUCCAGGAGACGCUGCGUGUGUGGAGCUCCGACCCGGAACCCAUCAACGUGUACCGCGAGUCCCAGCGCAUGUCCUUCCACAUGGCCAUCCGCGUCCUCAUCGGCUUCCGGAUCUCCGACGAGGAGAUGCGUUUCCUCUUCUGCACCUUCCUGGAGUUCAUGGACAAUGUCUUCUCACUGCCCAUUGACCUGCCCUUCAGCGGCUACAGAAAGGGCAUCCGUGCAAGAGACGCCCUUCAGAAGGCCAUCGAGAAGGCCAUCAGGGAGAAGCCGCUGUGUACCCAGGGGAAAGACUACACCGACGCCCUGGACGUUCUGCUGGAGAGCGCGACGGAGAACAGCAGCGAGCUCAGCAUGCAGGAGCUUAAGGAGUCCACCAUCGAGCUGAUCUUUGCGGCGUUCGCCACCACGGCCAGCGCCAGCACGUCUCUGGUCAUGCAGCUGUUGCGGCACCCGGCCGUGCUGGAGAAGCUCCGUGAGGAGCUGCGUGCUCGGGGCCUCCUGCACGACGGCUGCCUGUGCCAGGGCGAGCUGCGUCUCGACACAAUCUGCACCCUCAAGUACCUGGACUGCGUCAUCAAGGAGGUCCUACGCCUCUACGCGCCCGUGUCCGGCGGCUACCGCGUCGCCAUGCAGACCUUCGAGCUGGACGGUGUGCAGAUCCCCAAGGGCUGGAGCGUCAUGUACAGCAUCCGAGACACCCAUGACACCUCCGCCGUCUUCAAGGACGUGGAGGCCUUCGACCCGGACCGCUUCAGUCCGGAGCGCAGCGAGGACCGCGAAGGCCGUUUCCACUACCUGCCCUUCGGGGGCGGAGUCCGCUCCUGCCUGGGCAAACAGCUGGCCACGCUCUUCCUGAAGCUGCUGGCAGUGGAGCUGGCAGGUGGGAGCCGCUUCGAGCUGGCCACCCGGACGUUCGCCCGCAUGGUCUCCGUCCCCGUGGUCCAUCCUACCGACGGCCUUCGCGUCAAGUUCUUUGGCUUGGACUCCAACCAGAACCAGAUCAUGGCCAAGUCAGAUGAGAUGCUGGGCGCCACAGUGUGAUUGGUCGAGGCAAGGAAAAAGAAGGAAGUGGAUGAGAGAACGGGGUGGAGUCUUUGACGCUUACUGUUGCUAUAUUACCCUCUCAAGCGACAAGCCGUGAGUUGAGAAAGACGCUCUUCUUUGUCAUUUUCAAGACGACACUUUUAUCUGCCAAAAAUGUACAGUCUAUCUUUUUUUUCUAAGAAAAAAUAAAUAGAUAAAAAAAAAGAAAUGUAAGGCUACAUCAUAAAGGAUUUGCUAGGGGAUGCACACAAGCUGAAAAGAAGCUGUUUCCGAAUGCUCACAGAAGGACUGGAGGGUUCAAGAGGCUUGAGGAACAGUCAAGUGAUCCGUGUCCAGCUACGUAGAUGUCACAGGGUACGGCCAAGUGUGUGCUCACAGUGAAACGGCCAGUUCUGAGCAAGGGCAGGAAGUCAUUCUUAUCAUGACCCUGAAGUCAGAGUUGCAGUACUGGGGCGUUUUUCAGGGUUUGUGUGUGUGUGUGUGUGUGUG